AUGCGUCUCGAAAAUCACACUCAUAUUCGCCAAAUUAUGCUCUACCACUACGAGAAAGGAUGGACCUCAGCCCAGACAUUUCGCGAUCUCAACGAACUUUUUGGCAAAGGAACAAUUACUGAUAGUGCAGUACGGAUGUGGUUUAUUCGCUUUAAAUCAGGUGACACUAGUUUGGAGGGUAAAGAAGGAAGAGGUCGGCCAUCGGAUUUUGAUGGUCAAGCACUUCUGAAAGCCGUGGAAGAGGACGAAAGCCUGACAACGCGAAUGCUGGCUGAAGACUUUAACGUCAAUCAAUCAACGAUCGUUCGACGCCUGAAGAAGCUUGGAAAGGUAUGGAAAUUGGCCUCGCCUUAA